AUGGAUAAGCUACUAUCAUCUCUAAUUAACUUUCAAGUAAAUGAAGAGUUAAAAAACAGUGGUAAUAUUAGUGAUAGAUUAUUAUAUAUAGUUUGGAAUAAUAUAUUUUUAAGAAAUGAAAUUCAUAAACAUAUUUUAAAGUUUAUUGAACAUAGUACUGUAGAUCUUGAUAGAUCACAAUAUAACCAGUUUAAAGAUAAAUCAUAUAUAACAACACUUAAGUGGCAUAGUGAUACACUUCCAGAUAAAAAUGAAUUUCCACCAUUUUUGAAAAAUUUAUAUUUGUACACUUUUAAUAAAAUGUUAAAUCCAACAACUUUACCAAAUUCAAUUACUACACUCACAUUCAGUAAUAGAUUUAACCAAGUAGUUCCACCCGGCACAUUACCAAAUAAUCUCACAACACUCACAUUCGGUGAUUAUUUUAACCAAGUAGUUCUACCCGGCACAUUACCAAAUAGUCUCACAACACUCACAUUCGGUCGUGAUUUUAACCAAGUAAUUCCAUCUGGCACAUUACCAAAUAGUCUCACAACACUCACAUUCGGUUUUCAUUUUAACCAAGAAGUUCUACCUGGCACAUUACCAAAUAGUCUCACAACACUCACAUUCGGUCAUGAUUUUAACCAAGUAGUCACACCUGGCACAUUACCAAAUAGUCUCACAACACUCACAUUCGGUGAUGAUUUUAACCAAGUAGUUCUACCGGGCACAUUACCAAAUAGUCUCACAACACUCACAUUCGGUCAUGAUUUUAACCAAGUAGUCACACCUGGCACAUUACCAAAUAGUCUCACAACACUCACAUUCGGUGGUGAUUUUAACCAAGUAGUUCUACCGGGCACAUUACCAAAUAGUCUUACAACACUCAAAAUCGGUUAUUAUUUUAACCAAAUAGUUCUACCCGGCACAUUACCAAAUAGUCUUACAACACUCACAUUCGGUUUUUAUUUUAACCGAGUAAUUCUACCUGGCAUAUUACCAAAUAGUCUCACAACACUCACAUUCAGUUUUCAAUUUAACCAAGAAGUUCUACCUGGCACAUUACCAAAUAGUCUCACAACACUCACAUUCGGUCAUGAUUUUAACCAAGUAGUCACACCUGGCACAUUACCAAAUAGUCUCACAACACUCACAUUCGGUUAUUAUUUUAACCAAGUAGUUCUACCGGGCACAUUACCAAACAAUCUCACAACACUCACAUUCGGUGAUGGAUUUAACCAAGUAGUUCUACUCGGCACAUUACCAAAUAGUCUCACAACACUCACAUUCGGUGAUUAUUUUAACCAAGUAGUUCUACCCGGCACAUUACCAAAUAGUCUUACAACACUCACAUUCGGUCAUUAUUUUAACCAAGUAGUCACACCUGGCACAUUACCAAAUAGUCUUACAACACUCACAUUCGGUGAUUAUUUUAACCAAGUAGUUCUACCGGGCACAUUACCAAAUAGUCUCACAACACUCACAUUCGGUUUUGAUUUUAACCAAGUAGUUCUAUCUGGAACACUACCAAAUAGUCUCACAACACUCACAUUCGGUCGUUAUUUUAACCAAGUAGUCACACCUGGCACAUUACCAAGGUGA